AUGACAUUGGGCCCGGGUGGGUCAGAGCUCGAGGUUACUGCGCUGCUGCGUAGGCGUGGAAGAGCUGGAGGGUUUCUACAGCCCCGAGGCACAUCUGGCAGGCGGAGGCUGCAUGCUGCCUUGGAAGCCCGCUGGGCUCAGGGCUGCCUGCCCUGGGGUUGGGCCUUGGGCGCACUCAGCCUCGGGAGCCGACUUGGGGGACUCGAGUGUCGGAGUCGGGAGGUCCAGGGGACAUGGCCGCCCUGCACCCAGCGACUCACCCAAAGCCCAAUCCGAAAGGACUUGCAGACCUUCGAUGGGCAGAUGCUGAAGAAAUCAGCGGACCUCUAGGCCAAUGCUUGUGUCACUGCAGCCAGGCCCAUGGACCCCAAGCACAUCUGGGAAGUUCUGCAGAAUGGACAUGAGAGGAAGUAUUAUGGCUGUGGUCUGGUUAUCCCUGAGUGUCUGGAAAACUGUUAGAUUUUGGACUUGGGUACAAGUGGCAGAGAUUGCUGUACAUUUAGUCAGAUGGUUGGUGAGAGGGGACAUGUCACUGGAAUAGACAUGAGAAACGGUCAGGUAGAAGUGGCUAAAAGAUAUGAAUAUCACAUGGAAAAAUAUGGCUUCCAGGUACCCAAUGGCUACACAGAGAAGCUGAGAGAGACUGGAAUCAAAAAUGAGAGUUAUGAAAAAGGACUAAUUCUGCUAUGUCAGCAUGGUGGGGAGCUAUACUUUAGUGACGUCUAUGCUAACCUUGAAUUGCCAGAAGAGAUCAGGACACACAGUCUUAUGGGGAGGCGUGAGUGCCUAGGUGAUACUUUGUACUGGAAGGACCUUGUCAUCCUUGCCCCCAAAUCUAGGUUCUGCCUUCCACGUUUGGUCACUGUCAGUCUCAUUAUGAUUCACGACGAGGAACUAGAAAGAGUGAUCGUUUGCCUCUUCAAGCUCUCUGAGACAGGACCAGACAAAAGAUGCCAAGUUAUUUACAAUGGAGGACUCACAGGACAAAAAGAACCAAUAUUUGAUGCAAAUUUCACAUUUAAGGUGGGAGAAAUUGUCAAAGUGAACAAGGAAACAGCAGAUCUGAAGAAUUCACCAUCUGACCAAGAUCUUCUGAUCAGACCAAUUGGAGAGAAAGACCAACAAAUAAUUCUAAUCACUGAUCCAUUCAAGCUUGCAGAAGAGUCUGACAAUAUGAAGUCCAGAUGUUCCCCCAGUGUUGCUAGAGGCUGCCGUGACACACAAAAAUAG